AAAAAAAAACAUGAUAAUCAACAAAAAUAAACAGUGAACAACCUACUCAAGUAGCUUCAUAUAAAUAAGAACGCUAGAGACUCCUCUCUAAAGCUAUCAUUGAUUCGAUUACUUGUUUCUCAAACCAAAAACAAACACUCAAAAUAGAGUCAAAAACCCUAAUUACAGAGUAUGACCAAGAUGGUGAUGAUUAAGGAAGACAACACCAACAACAACAACAGCAACAGCAAAGCUCCGAAUGUUGUUGGCCAAUCUUCUUCAGUACUAGAGUUUGUCUGUUUUCUUGGCCGAGGUAGUUUUGGUUCGGUCGCUCUCAUAAGAGACUCCAAACAAAGGUUACACGCUGAGAAAUCAUCUACAAUAUCUUACAUGGAGAGUCUCAAGAAAGAGCAUAGGAUCAUGCUUCGUUUCCGUAACCAUCCACGCAUCGUCCAAACCACAAACCCUAAUCUUCACAUAGGUAUCAACCUCGACCAUUGUUAUAUCUACAUGGAGCUUGCCUCCAAAGGUACUCUCCACAACUUCAUCUCCAGCUUCAGUGGCCAACCAGUGCCUGAGGUUAUGAUCAGACGCGCUGCUCUCAUGAUCCUUCAAGGACUCGAGGCUCUUCACUCUCACGGCUACGUUCACUGCGACCUCAAGCCGGCUAACGUUCUCCUCUUCCCUUCCAAGAUUGUCGGAGAGCCGUGGGAUCUCAAGCUUGCUGACUUCGGUCUAUCUAAGGAGCCUUCUUGUACGAAUCCAAGGUCCUUGUCUGGCGGUACAAAGGAGUACAUGCCCCCUGAGUCUUUGGGACCCAACCGAGUGAAGAUGAUUGGACCGGGUGUUGACAUGUGGUCUCUAGCGUGUGUGCUUCAGAUGUUUGGUCCAGUGAAGAUGGGAGAAUGUUGCUACAAGUGGAGGCUUCCGAGACUAGUAUCUCCGCUGGCCAACGACUUCUUGAGGCGGUGCAUGGCGUUGCACCCCUCACGCAGAGCCACCGCAGCGGAUCUGCUGAAACAUCCUUUUGUUUGCACCAAGGCUACAUCAUAUGCUUCAGUACUAUCCCCUUCUUGUCAUAAGUGAUAAGACACAAUAAUGUUAUGAGAGAAUAUUAUGGUAGAAGACAAGGAGGAGACCGAUGAUGAUGGUUCCAAGACCUAAAGAUUUGAUCUGCUGAGUUAGGUCUCGGUUGUUAAAGAGAGUCGUAUUUAAGUUUCUUUCAGUUGAGUUUGCGUCUUGAUUUAAUUGUUGUUGCACAGUUAAGAACAGUAUAAUUCAUGUUUUGGUACUUGACUUAUUCCUUUAAUGUAUCUUUGUCUUUGCCUGAGGAUUGCUAUUGAAAUGUUUAAAAGAAUCUAAUAUAUACUAUUAUUACACAGUUUAAAUUAGUCAAACAGAAAAACAUUCACACAUUCAU